GUUUGUUUGUUGAUUUUUCUCGGCUGGGAUGUGUGUGGGGGGGUGUUGGUGCUCGCCCCUUGUGCUCUGUCUCUUAAAGUCUGUGUCCGGUGGGUCUGCGUGCUUGUUGUAAGCCGAACUCUUGGUGUGCCUCCUCUCUGCUUCAUCCUCCUCCUCACUGAGCUCUGGGCUUCGGCGGUGGGUGGGUGGGUGGCUGCUGCUUGCUCGGAGCUCGUAAAGCCCUGUCCAUGGAAGGGACCGGGGAGUUUUCCAUUCGGUUGAAGCUUGCACCAAGCCUCGGGAUGGGUGAGGUGUGCGGGGCUCUGAGCAGGUGCAGCUCUGUGAGGCUCGUCCCAUCAGGUGUUAACAGAGUUGUCGGAGAGCUUUGUUUUUCUAAAGGUAGCUGGGAUUAAUUUUGGCAUUCAGUUGUACAUCACUUCGCUUUAUGGUAAAGUUGGUGGACUUUUUUAUUCCAAGAAUGAAUUGUUCUUAAAAUAAAUAACGUGCUAGAGGUCCAGUUGGUUACUCUUCAGUGUGUGGGCUCGGGAAGUUGGAUUUCAGAUAUUUUUGAUAUUUUUGUUCCCUUUCAAGUACUGAAUUUUGGUCUUUGCAGCUGAACUUUGAUGUUAAUUUAUUGCGUGGACUAAACGCUUGUCUCGUUUCAAAGAGUGUCCCUCUUACAGUUCUUGUUUCUAUCAAACUUUGUGUGGCUUUACGUGAAUGGUGUAGUUUUGUUUCUAUAAAAAAAAAAAAAGUGUUAUAGCCAGACAGAUUUGAGUGUUACCAAAACCCAGAAGAAGAAGGAACCCGUUAAAGCAUUAAAAAGCAAACACGCUAAUGUGCUUGGUGCUAAAUAAAGAAACUCUUGGAUUGAGUGUACGCCGAAAUGGUUUGAUGUGACCUUAAGGUUCUGCUUUGCAGUUGGGAGGUACUUCAAUUUGAUAUUUUUAUUUUUUUUUACUAUUAUUAUUUUCCUCCUUUUAAUUUUGGAAAUAAAGCUCUGGAAGAGGCUGAAGUACGUGAAGUUUUUACGCUUGGCUCUGCUGCUGUGUGGGCCCAGCAGCCGCCUCCGGGUACAGGGCAGCAGGGCUGUAGGGCGCAGGGCUGGCGCUGUGCAGGGGUGGGGCUGGCUGGUGGUGUCAUCUCCCCAGGAGAACACGGGAGGCUGCAAAGCGGCUGUGCCUCCCUCACAAGGAAGAGGCCAACCUGUUGCUCACAGCGUGUGCUGGAGCAGCAGCGGUAGCUGUCGCUGCCAGCUACCACGUGGCAACUUUUCUCCCCCCUGGGAGAGGUCACCUGUGUUGGGCAGGUGCCAGCUGAGUGGUUGUGCUCCCUCCAGAUCUGUUGGACAGGUGAUACCUCGCUCCUAACCAACUUUUUUUUCAUAAUUUCAGUUGUACUUGUUGAAGUUUACUUUUUUUUUCCUUGAGUGGUUGGAUAUUAGAGGUAACGUCUUCUGUGCUGGUUUCCCAGGGUCGCUGAGGGUGGGUUGUGUGGAACCCGUGCCCUGUUGUAGCUGCUGCCCCUACUUGCGGCGUGUAUUUCCCUGUCCAGCAGGACAGACCUUUGGCAGAGUACAAACUUUUUUUUUUUUAAUAUUUCCAGAUUUCAUAUGUGAAGAUCAAACGUGAGGAGUUUACUAAGAUUCAUUUGGCACUCUUAGGCAUUAACCUUCAAGUUCAAGAUAACAAAGGUGUGCAGCUGUGGCACUCGUGCAUGAAAACCAAGUGGUUGUGCGUGCUGCAUCCCAUUAAACAAGAGGCUGGCUGGUGUUUCUCCUCUCACAGAACUAGGCUGAUGUGCAGCAGUAGCUUGCCCUGCCUGGAAGCGUGGUAGCUGCAAAUCUCUUACUUCUGGAGCAGGGAGCUCUGCGGGUUGAGAGCAUCACAGUGCCAUAAGUUUCAGAGCUCUUUCCAAAGACCAGGGCUGGGGAGGUUUGAAUUAAAACUGUGUUAUUUUUUGACAGUGAAGUGAUUGACCACUGGAACGAGCGGGCUGCAGGUAGUUGGGAGCCCCCGUGUUUGGUGCUGCAGCUCGAGGCCAGAAACUUUUCUGAAAGGUGUGCGAGCCUUUGGGCUCGAUUCAGGAGUGAUGAAGUGGAAACUUUACGGCUGGCAUGACAUGAGGUUCGGGCGGGAUGGCCCGAUGGGCUUGCUGACUUCAGGUUUCAUGUGUUUGUGCUGCUAGAGCCAGGAUACCUUCUCUGGGAACUAUCAAGCUAGGAAACUAUCUUGCUUUAAUGGUGUUUUACUCUGGCUGUGUUAGCCCUUGUAUGGGUUCCUAUGGUUGAAUUGGCUCAUGGUGAGGCCUGACGAGCGCAGGACUGGGUGUGAGAUAACUGGCAGGAGAAUCAGGCUGAGAGGGAAGGAUGGGUGCCUGCUUCUGGCCCCCGAGAGCUCUUGGGGUGGUUAACCCCAUUUUGUGUAGCUUCACCCCAGGGCCUUUUUUAUGGCUCCCAUGCAGAGGCGGGAGACUGGACCAGAGGGUUCCUGUCUGGACUCAGUAACUUUGCUGCAGUACUCAGCCCGCUCUUCCUCUGCAGCUUUCCGACCUGAUGUUGUAUAUGCUGCCUCCUAUUUCUUUGUUUUACUUUUUGUCAUUUCCCUCCUGCCUUUUCUCUAAGUGACCAGUCCUUCACUGCGUGGAGCUUCUUCCAGCUUCAGCUUAGGUCCGUGUGCUGAUCCGCGCUUCCUCAUGGAGGAGGUUUAAAAAUACCCAGCAAAGCCUCUCUUAAGAGACCAGCCAAGGAGGUGACAAAAGUGGGUUGCCUCGCAGAGGUGGCCUAAUAAAACGGGAGCGGAAUUGCUCGUCUCGUCUUCGGGAGCGCUCCUGGGUGGUGGGCGCGGGCGGCGCUGUGCGGCACGUCAACUGAGCUGUGUUUGUUUCCCAGCCUCGUAGGGAGCGGUAGCCCCAAAAACCACCUCGCUCAUUGUGAUCUCACAAGCCUUCGCGUCUGUGGCGUCACAAUGGAGGAGAUGCUGGUGCUCGGAGCCCGUGCCUCUGAGAUAGCAGCCGAGGAACGCAGCGGGAAGGAUGAGCUCGAGGAACGGUUUCAGAUGCCUCUGGAUGUUCAAUGAUAGCACUCCUCCAUACUGGAGCAGCAAAGUUUCCCCAAAACUUACUUCCAAGGACAAGACAAGCUGUGUGCUCCCUCCGCCCGCCUGGUGUUCUCAAAGGGUACGGCUCCAUCGUAAGCAGGAAACUGGCGUCCCACGGCUUCGGAGCUUCCAUGGCAGCAAUGUCGUCCUUCCCUCCACAGAGAUAUCACUACUUCUUAGUGCUGGAUUUUGAGGCCACGUGUGACAAACCACAGAUUCAUCCUCAGGAGAUCAUCGAAUUCCCAAUCCUGAAGCUGAAUGGCAGGACGAUGGAGAUCGAAUCCACCUUUCACAUGUAUGUUCAGCCUGUGGUGCAUCCCCAGCUUACGCCCUUCUGCACAGAGCUGACUGGGAUUAUUCAAGGCAUGGUGGAUGGGCAGCCCAGCCUCCAGCAAGUGCUUGAGAGGGUUGACGAGUGGAUGGCGAAGGAAGGCCUCUUAGAUCCCAGCGUCAAGUCGAUUUUUGUGACCUGUGGAGACUGGGAUUUGAAAGUGAUGUUACCAGGACAAUGCCAGUACUUAGGGCUGCCGGUUGCUGAUUACUUCAAACAGUGGAUUAAUCUGAAAAAGGCGUACAGCUUUGCCAUGGGGAGCUGGCCAAAGAACGGGCUCUUAGACAUGAACAAAGGACUGAACCUACAGCACAUAGGGAGGCCUCACAGCGGGAUAGACGACUGUAAGAACAUCGCCAACAUCAUGAAGACACUGGCCCAUAGAGGCUUCAUCUUCAAGCAGACCUCCAAACCCUUUUGAUCCCCAGGGCAGGCCAGGCAGGGCUGCAUGCGCCCGGCGCCGGCGAGGCG